AUGUCUUCUUCUCACGGAACAUAUUAUUACGAAUACCAACUGCAGCAGGACAAUGCCAUUCUUCCACAUGAUCAUCCCGCUAGCAUUCGUGGUGUAUCUGUUUUUUUUAAAGUCAAAAUUAAUUACAUACUGAAAAAAAGACCAGAUGAUGGUGAGGAAAUACUAGAUUCAAUCUGCAGGAACUUCUAUGCGCCUUGGUGUUUUGUCACCGAUCCACGAAAUAAUUUGGAUAGGUGGUUUAUGUAUCAUGGGUUGCGUUUUGAUGAUGUAAGGGAAGGAUUGCAUCACCAAAUUACAGAUUUUGGCAAUCAAAUGAAGGCUGAUCCAUCGAAUGCUGGGCGCAGAUCAUUCCCAGUGCUCGUGUGCAUUCAAGUUUACACAAUACAACAAGAGGAUGAAACUAUUGAUGCUGCCAAGGACAGGGCCAUUGUAGUGGAAAGGUUUGGGGGGCUAAAUUAUGAACGGAAUCUUCUAAUGCGGCCUACAGCUACAUCUGUGUCUGCAAAGCCAGCAUAUUUGGAGAAGGUUAAAGUAAAGGUUGAUGAUCUGGAACAAAGAGAGUGUUGUAUUUGUUUGAACAAGCCUUGUGUUGGAGAAGAAAUAUCGAUUCUACCAUGCUUACAUGCUUAUCAUUCCAAAUGUAUAUCUGCCUGGCUAAUGAAGAGCAAGCUAUGUCCAUUGUGUCGCAAACAUGUGCACUGGAAUUAA